CGUGUGAAUUCCCAACACGUGUGGUUUAAACCAAUUUUGUGAAAUUUCAGAACUUUAAGCGAUUUGUGUAAUUUCUGCAUUGUUUAAAAAGCUUUUUUGGGCUAUAAAUACGUAUUACGGAUUACUGGUUGUGCCCUAAGAUGGACAAAGACGACACGCACAAGUACAGCGACGCCGAGGAGGACGAAGAAGACCUUAAAAAGUCCGAGUGGGUCAACGACUUCAAAACCCUCACAGUCGAGGAUGAAAUCUUCAAGGACAUCAAGCUGACGCCAAAGGAAGCCAGCGAUGACCUGGCACUGGUAAUAGAGCCCACAAAUGAGGAGGAUGAAGACGAGGAAGAGCAUGAGAAUGAGGAAGAUUACGAAGACGAAGACUACGAAGUGGGCGACGACUAUGACACCUACGAGGAGGCCUACACGGGCUUCAAUAAGCUCCACGUCCAGCCGCAGCUCACACAUGCUGGGGGAGCAGGCAGCGUCGGCGGCGGCGGUGGAGGAGGAGGCGGCUCUGGAGGCACACAGCGCGUGAGCAGCUAUCAGCCCAAUGAGAAGCUCCUGCGACGCUACUCCGCCCGCAUUAAUGUGGAGAAAUACGAUCCCACCACCAACAUGAGUGCCCAGGCAGCCAACCGGCUGGUAAACUUUGAUCGGCGAGAGCGGACGCAGGUGCGGGACAAACACGACAGAGCCACCGCCGAGCAGGUGAUGGAUCCUCGCACUCGCAUGAUUCUCUUCAAGCUGCUGAAUCGGGGACUCAUUCAAGAGAUCAAUGGCUGCAUUUCCACGGGCAAAGAGGCGAACGUUUACCAUGCAGUGUCCAAGGAUGGAGGCGAUGAGUAUGCCAUCAAGAUCUACAAGACGUCUAUACUGGUGUUCAAGGAUCGCGACAAGUAUGUGUCUGGUGAAUUUCGCUUCCGUCAUGGCUACUGCAAGCACAAUCCCCGAAAGAUGGUGCGCACCUGGGCGGAGAAGGAGAUGAGGAAUUAUCUGCGCAUGCGCAACGCUGGCGUUCCGGUACCAGAGCCCAUCCUUCUGAGAUCCCAUGUCCUGGUCAUGCGCUUCUGCGGUCGCGAUGGCUGGCCUGCUCCCAAGCUCAAGGAUGUGGAGCUAACUACGUCCAAGGCACGUGAGCUGUAUCGGGAUUGUGUGGUCAUCAUGUGGCGCAUAUACAACCAGUGCCGUCUGGUACAUGCCGAUCUCUCCGAGUUCAACAUCCUCCUGCAGGAUGGACAGCUGGUCAUCAUCGAUGUCAGCCAGGCCGUGGAGCAUGAUCAUCCGCAUUCGUUUGACUUUUUGCGCAAGGACUGCACCAACAUCUCGGAGUUUUUCCGCAAGCGGGCCGUGGCCACCAUGACGGUAAAGGAGCUGUUUGACUUCAUCACCGACCAGACCAUCAAUGAGCAAAAUAUGGAGGAGUGCCUGGAGAGGAUAGCGGAGAGGAUCAAGGAUCGGGACUUUGAGGCUAUAUCGGCGCAGGAGAAGAUCGAUGAGGCCGUGUGGCAAAACACCUACAUUCCCAAGCGCUUGGAUGAGGUUCGUCACUUUGAGCGUGAUGUGGCCCAGGCCAAGGAGGGUGUCCAGCAAAAUCUCAUCUAUGGCAAAAUCACGGGCCUAAAUUCGGAUUUGGAUGUCCAGCAGCAGCCUGACAUUCUGGAGUCUCAAAAUAAAACCGAUGAAGCUCACACGGAAGAAAGCGAGGAAGAGGGGGGCUCCCAGGACAAUGAGGACGACGAUAAUGAUGGCACUCACUUUAAGAACUCUGCCCGACCGCGUGAUGAAUCGCCGGAAAGCAAAAAAGCUCGUAAAAAAGCCGUAAAGGAAGCCAAGGCUGAGCAGCGCAAAGUCAAGGUGAAAAAGCAUGUGAAGAAACGCAAGGAGAAAUUGGGCAGCAUGAAGAAGUAGGAGUAAAGCUACUAAUCCUGCUCCUGCCUUGGAUUCUAAUUAGCCUUAAUUACUUUUUAUUUAGAAGAAAAAUGUAAACCAGAUGAGUAACUUAAAGGUUUUUAUAAAGAUCUUUAAAUAUUUGUUUUAAGCUAUAAAGUUAACUUUGAUUUUGUAACAAAGCUAUAUACAAUAUUAAAUUGUACAGAAAACAAUACAUUAACUAAAA